AUGGAGCCCUUCCUCGGCUGCACCGGCGCCGCGCUCCUGCUCUGCUUCAGCUACGCCGGUCUGCGCCCGGUGGAGGCAGACAGCCCAUCGGCUCCAGUAAAUGUCACAGUCAAACACCUGAAAGCCAACUCAGCUGUGGUCACUUGGGAUGUCCUGGAAGAUGAAGUUGUCAUUGGAUUUGCAAUUUCCCAACAGAAGAAGGACGUGCGGAUGCUGCGCUUCAUCCAGGAGGUGAACACCACCACCCGCUCCUGUGCCCUCUGGGACCUAGAGGAGGACACUGAGUACAUUGUGCAUGUCCAGUCCAUCAGCAUCCAAGGCCAGAGCCCUGCCAGUGAGCCAGUCCUCUUCAAGACCCCCAGGGAAGCUGAGAAACUAGCCUCUAAAAAUAAAGAUGAGGUGACAAUGAAGGAGAUGGAGAAGAAAAACCAACAGCUUCGAGCGGGGGAAAUUCUCAUCAUUGUUGUGGUGUUGUUUAUGUGGGCAGGGGUGAUCGCCCUGUUCUGCAGACAGUACGACAUCAUCAAAGACAACGAGCCCAACAACAGCAAGGAGAAAGCCAAGAGCCCCUCGGAGAACAGCACACCCGAGCACCAGGGCGGGGGCCUCCUGCGGAGCAAGUUUCCAAAAAACAAGCCCUCAGUGAAUAUCAUUGAAGCAUGACAGCCUGACACCUGAGAGAUGGACUCCAUCCCUCACUUUCACUCUGCCUCUGAGCCGUGAUGACUGGGGAGGUGAAACAUUGUCGGAGCGAUUUGCAAAACAACACCUCGUGAUUGUCACUCGCUGGCAUCCACCUCCUCAUCCGUGUUCUGCAAAACAUCUGGCCAGGAAGGGAAAUCCUGCAAAAAAAACAAACAAACAAAAAAGAAAAAACAACAAAAAAAAACAAAAAACAAAUGAACCCUGACACCCAAACAAAGAAGAUGGAGAAGAAUCAGUGAUGCUGGAUCUAUGAAUCACCUGAGUUGGAGCAAUGUCUCCCACGCUGCUUUCCGCCCUCACACUUCAUCUUCUGGGACAGUUUUCCUGUUUUUUUGGGGAAUGCACAAGGUUCUGUUGUGUCUUUCUCUGGUCUCACUGUCACUCCACCCUGGCAGUUUUCCCAGGUACAUCCCUCUCCGAGCAGGAACAGAGGGAAGCUCAUGGCAAACACCACCGAGAAGCCAAAUUUUGGCUGCUGUGUGCUCGGGCCUUGCUUCAUUCAUCGAUGUGUGUCGUGUAACACGUCUUGCAGGUGGGUUUUUCAAACACACACACACACACAUAAAAAAUAAUAAAAAAGGCAUCCCCCGGGCUCCAUUCCCACCAGGAGAACUUCCCUGGUUGUUCUCCAGCCAGGCUGCAGCACAUUCUCCACUGCUGCUGUCUCUCCUCUCUCGCACUGGUGCUCUUCACCUCAGAAAAAUCGGGGAACGCUGAGGCACAGACCAACAUGAGGGGACACCAGAAGCUGUUAUUUAGCUUCCAAGAUAAUUUCAACCAUUUUCUCCGUGGUAUUUUCAGCUGGGCCUGAGUCCACCACCAGUGGGAUAAAAGGUCCAUAAAAAUGUAGCCAGUCAGCAAAAAAAAAACAAAACAAACAAAAAACCACAAAACAACAACAACAAAAAGAAAAAAGACAAAAUACCUGAUGAUACCAGUUGCUAUGCAAGGUCUCCAGGGGCAAGAGCUGUUUGCUGUGGGAGGCUCUGGUCUGAGGGGCCUUUUUCUGAGGGCUUCACUUCUUAAAAUGCUUCUUUUAGUAAAAUUUCUGUGUGGGAAGGGCUGGU